AUGGACGAGCACCUCAGCCUCCUGCGCUCGCCGCCGCCGCCGCCCUCCGCUCGCCACCGCGCCCACUCUCCCCAGCACCCCGCGAGCGGCGGUGGCGCCGACACCCUGGUGAUCCCCGGCUGCGCCGAGCCCGCCGCAGGCCGCGAGCUGCCGCCCGACAUGACCGUGGUGCCCGGGGACCACCUGCUGGAGCCGGAGGCGGCCGACGGCGGCGGGGGCCCGCCUCAAGGCGGCUGUGGCGGCGAGGGCUGCGACCGCUACGAGCCGCUGCCGCCCGCGCUGCCGGCCGCCGGCGAGCAGGACUGCUGCGGGGAGCGCGUGGUCAUCAACAUCUCCGGGCUGCGCUUCGAGACUCAGCUCAAGACCCUCUGCCAAUUCCCGGAGACGCUGCUGGGCGACCCCAAGCGGCGCAUGAGGUACUUCGACCCGCUCCGCAACGAGUACUUCUUCGACCGCAACCGGCCCAGCUUCGACGCCAUCCUCUACUACUAUCAGUCUGGGGGCCGCAUCCGCCGGCCCGUCAACGUGCCCAUCGACAUCUUCUCCGAGGAGAUCCGCUUCUACCAGCUGGGCGAGGAAGCCAUGGAGAAAUUCCGCGAGGACGAGGGCUUCCUGCGGGAGGAGGAGCGGCCCCUGCCCAGCCGCGACUUCCAGCGCCAGGUGUGGCUGCUCUUCGAGUACCCGGAGAGCUCCGGGCCGGCCCGGGGCAUCGCCAUCGUGUCCGUGCUCGUCAUCCUUAUCUCUAUAGUCAUCUUCUGCUUGGAGACGCUGCCCGAGUUCCGCGACGAGAAGGACUACCCCGCCUCACCGUCGCAGGAUGUGCUCGAGGCGGCCAGCAACAGCACGUCGGGGGCCCCCGCGGGAACCUCCAGCUUCUCGGAUCCCUUCUUCGUGGUGGAGACCCUGUGCAUCAUUUGGUUCUCCUUUGAGCUGCUGGUGCGCUUCUUCGCUUGCCCCAGCAAAGCCACCUUCUCGCGAAAUAUCAUGAACCUGAUAGACAUCGUGGCCAUCAUCCCUUAUUUCAUCACUCUGGGCACCGAGCUGGCAGAGCGACAGGGCAAUGGACAGCAGGCCAUGUCCCUGGCCAUCCUGAGGGUCAUCCGCUUGGUGAGGGUCUUCCGCAUCUUCAAGCUCUCCCGCCACUCCAAGGGGCUGCAGAUCCUCGGGCAAACGCUGAAGGCGUCCAUGCGGGAGUUGGGGCUGCUUAUCUUUUUCCUCUUUAUUGGGGUCAUCCUUUUCUCCAGCGCGGUCUACUUUGCCGAGGCAGACGACCCCACUUCAGGUUUUAGCAGUAUCCCGGAUGCCUUCUGGUGGGCAGUGGUAACCAUGACAACAGUAGGUUAUGGUGACAUGCACCCAGUGACCAUAGGGGGCAAGAUUGUGGGAUCUCUCUGUGCCAUCGCUGGUGUCUUGACCAUUGCAUUGCCAGUUCCUGUGAUUGUUUCCAACUUCAAUUAUUUCUACCACCGGGAGACAGAGGGGGAAGAGCAAGCCCAAUACAUGCACGUGGGAAGUUGCCAGCACCUCUCCUCUUCAGCCGAGGAGCUCCGAAAGGCAAGGAGUAACUCGACUCUGAGUAAGUCGGAGUAUAUGGUGAUCGAAGAGGGGGGUAUGAACCAUAGCUCUUUCCCCCAGACCCCUUUCAAAACGGGCAAUUCCACUGCCACCUGCACCACGAACAACAAUCCCAACUCCUGUGUCAACAUUAAAAAGAUAUUCACCGAUGUUUAA